AUGAAGACCUUCGUCUUUCUGGUUUUCAGUGGAGCUACUGCUGCUAUCCCUGCUAAUGAUAGUGACGACAAGAUUAUCGGAGGCUACACAUGUGAGAACAACUCUGUCCCAUACCAGGUAUCCCUGAAUGCUGGCUACCACUUGUGUGGGGGCUCUCUCAUCAGUGACCAGUGGGUAUUGACUGCUACUCACUGCUAUAAGCCACAGUCUAUCUUCACAUCUUCUUUGUGUGAAUGUCUCCAUCCUGUUAGACCCUGUUUGCCACAUACCUACCCACAUAAGAUUACAAGAAACAUGUUUUGUAUUGGCUUCCAAGAAGAAGAAAAUGAUAGUUGUGAGUAUGAUUCUGUUGGCCCCAUGGUCUGCAAUGAAGAGUUCCAAGGUGUUAUCUCCUGGGGCACUAGCUGUGGUGAGGAUAGGAAACCUGGUGUGUACACCAGAGUGUACAACUACCAGGACUGGAUUCAAUGGACCAUUGAUGCCAACUGAUAUCUCCUGAGUCACCCACUCAUACUCAACUUCACUUUCCUAGUGUGCCUGGAAUGGGUGUGGAAAUAAAAACAUUGUA